UCCCUCUGCGAGACUGCCAUUGUUUCCUUUUUGACAAUAAAACAAGAAAACACACAAAUCAGAUUACCUGGAAAUCCAAAGCAAAAAUUGGAAAAAGAAGAAGAAGCAAUGUGCAACGGUAACAUAUAAUAAUCAUUUGUGUUCUUCACGAGAAAAAGCCCGUAAUCCUUUCUUUUCCAUUUAUUUCUUUAGCUGGACUGUGAAAAAAUAAAGAAGAAAGAGUGAAGCUUUAAGCAGCUGCUAAAUGCCUUUACUCUCUCUUCUUCCUUUUUGAUCUCUCCGAAAAACCCUCAUGGCUGACGAUCCCUUCUUCUUCUGCUCCAAGGAUUCUUUUCUUAUAAAGGCUCCUAAGAAAUCACCGUUGGCGUUAAGGAUGGUUGUUUUAGUGUUUGCAAUGGUGUGUGGUGUGUAUAUAUGCUCAAUUUGUCUUAAGCAAAUUGGCAUUCGUACGAAUCCUGGAUUUUUGAAUGUUGAAGUGAUUGAAAGGCCGUGUCCGGAACCUAAUAUUGAACCUUGGGAAAUCCCUUAUGUGCACUACCCGAAACCGAUAACUUAUAGCAGGGUUGAAUGCAAGUGCAAUCCUGUGCGGUAUUUUGCUAUUCUGUCAAUGCAGAGAUCUGGGAGUGGAUGGUUUGAGACACUGUUAAAUAAUCAUACUAACAUAAGCUCAAAUGGGGAGAUUUUCUCUGUCAAAGUUAGGCGGAGUAAUGUUUCGACGAUUACAGAGACCUUGGAUAAAAUUUAUAAUCUGGACUGGUUAAGUAGUGCUUCUAAGAACGAGUGUGCUGCUGCAGUUGGAUUGAAGUGGAUGCUUAAUCAGGGUGUGAUGCAACAUCAUGAAGAAAUAGUGGAGUACUUCAAAACCAGGGGCGUUUCAGCUAUAUUUCUCUUCAGGAGAAAUCUGUUACGCAGGAUGGUUUCGAUACUUGCAAAUUCUUAUGAUCGAGAGGUGAAGCCAUUAAAUGGCACCCAUAAGUCUCAUGUUCAUUCUCCUCGUGAGGCAGAGAUACUAGCUAAAUACAAGCCUUUGAUCAAUACAACAUUGCUGAUAUCCAAUCUGAAGCAAGUAGAAGAUACAACUGCCAAAGCCUUAGAGUACUUCAAGAGUACGAGGCACAUAAUUCUUUACUAUGAGGAUGUAGUCAAGAACCACACGAAAUUAUUAGAUGUUCAAGAUUUUCUGAAGGUUCCACAAAGAGAACUUAAGAGUCGUCAAGUAAAGAUACACAAAGGAUCCCUAUCUAACUAUGUUGAGAACUGGGAUGAAGUCCAAAAGUCUCUGAAAGGAACGCACUAUGAAAACCUCCUAACUGGAGACUACCGAAAGUAAAGCCACUGUAAUGGUGUACAUAGCACGCUCUGUCAUCUAACAUCUCAUCCCUUUACUUCUCACAGGGGCCGGGGCCAGGGCCUGUCGGAGUUUCACCCUGUUAAAAUUUUGGCUGCAACAUGUGCAUCACUAGUUUCAUCAUUUAUCCCACGAAAUUAAUAUUCCAUUUAUUCUUCUCUCUUUUGGCUUCUUUGAGAGAAUCGUUGCAUUGAAGUCUAGCAAUAGAAGAAAUUGCAGUUUCACCUUGCUUUCUUGUCUGUGUGUACUACGUAUUUAUGCAGACUAAAAAGACAACAUAACCAUUGGAAUAGCAGAUGGGCCUGCAUCAAGGUCGUCUUGUAGAAUCUCUUAGCAGAAGUAAACGGAAGGCUACCGUUAUUCUCGUUUGAGAAGUUGGUAUGAUAUAUACCAGUUCUGAAGGCAAACGCCAAAUGGGUAAGAGUAGAAGAUUCUCACAAGACCCUCAUCUGUUGUUGCCUUUGUUUUAAUGGCUUGUAUGAUUAGUACUUCUGUAGAGACAUUGAAGGUGAUUAUAUAACUUGUUUCAUUUAUAUGUUUCACCUCGUGUUUAAUUUCAAAGCAGAUGAGAGGAAUUUAGUA